AUGGCAUCCUCCCUGUUUUUGCGCCGCGUAUGCGCCCCUUCCUUCACGAGCAGACUUGCUACCCGAUCGCUCUCCACAACAGCCGUUCUGCGCCAAACCAGUGACGAUGGCAAACCCUCAAUCGGAUUCAAGCACUCUCCUGCGCCUCCACGUCUUCCCAAGGAAGAACAGGAAAUCUUCGAAGAACUCCAGCGCCGCUCCACCGGUGCAUUCAGCACACCCCAUGUCAACCAGUCACCACAGCCCGACGCCCGGCCCGAGAUCAAGGUCAACGGAAGUGGCGAGGAGCUUCACCCCGAUGCGCCGCAAGGUCUGAAGCCCGAAUUCGAGGGCGAGAAGAAUCCUAAGACGGGAGAAGUCGGUGGGCCUAAGAAUGAGCCUUUGCGAUGGGGAGCUGGUGGAGACUGGAGCUAUGGAGGCCGGGUGACUGAUUUCUGA